UGUAAUCCAUCAUCAAUCUCCAUUUUUUUUUUUUUAAUUUUUACAGUAUUAAAUUACACUUUUUCCCCUUUCCUACCCCAUAAAAAAAAAACCACAGCUUGGGCACCCUACUUUGAAUAUUCUUAUUCAAUCUCCCCAUUUCGACUUUUUAAAUAUAUUCUUGACUGACUCACAAUCAACACCAAAACCUUUGAAAAGUCUCCCAUCUUAAUUCUUCUUACCCUUCUAAUUAUGUGCGGUUAAUCUUUCUUCUGUCACCAAAAUCUGAGCAGUUGAUCUGUUCCAGUUUUGGGUCAUUUCUCAUUACCCAUUUUACAUUUUUUUGGGAAUCCAAUCCCUUAAUUUGGCACAAAUUUAGAUUUCUCUCUCCAUUUUAAAGAUAUCCCAAGUGAAUUCUAGUAUAAAUUCAACUGGGUAAGAAGAAAAGCUGAAAUCUUGGGAAUCUGGAUGAAUUUUUUUUUUGAGGGUUUUCUGAAUUAUGGGUUCAAUUUUUAGCAAAAGGUCAAAAAUUCCGACAACCCCAUCAACAAACAACGGCAGCAGCAACAUCAAUGGUAGUAGUGGAUCAAAUUCAGUUGGUAGCAGUGAUGUAAACUUCUAUUUAGCAGCUUGUCAGAAUGACCCAGAUGUCAAAAUCUUUGAUUCUAAGCUUCAGCAACAUGCUGCUUCUGUUAUGAACACACUAGCCAGUGUUGACAACAGUGGGUUGGACCAGCAGGUUUGUUCUCUCUCCUUUGACUCCCUUAGACAAGUCACUGGUAGUCUAAUGGACAUGAAUCAUGAGGCAGUCAAAGUUAUUCUUGAUUGCAAGAAGGAUGUUUGGAAGAACAAAGAGUUGCUUUCAUUAGUGGAGGAUUACUUUGAAUAUAGUGUUCAGACAUUAGAUUUUUUCACUGCCCUUGAUCAAUGUCUCAAACGAGCCCGAGACCGCCAUUUUAUUAUACAGGUUGCGUUGAGGCGAUUUGAGGAAGAAAUGAGGGAUAAUCAUGGUGUUAGUAAUGCUGGUGAUAAGUUUUCUAAUACAUUGAAGGAGUUGAGGAGUUUUAAGGAGGCUGGGGACCCCUUUGGGCAGGAGUUUCUCACUAUAUUUCAAGCAGUUUAUAACCAACAAGUUCAAAUGUUGAGGAGAUUGCAGCUUAGGAAACGGAAACUCGAUAAGAAGUUGAAGUCAGUAAAGGUUUAUAGGAAAGUUUGUAACAUUAUUUUUGGUGCUGCUUUUGUGGGUGUUGUGAUUUGUUCUGUUGUUGCUGCUGCAAUUGCUGCUCCACCUGUUGCAGCAGCGUUGGCAGCAGCUGUUUCAGCUCCUAUUGGAGGGAUGGGUAAGUGGUUCAAUUCGUUAUGGAAGAAGUAUGAGAGAGAGCUGAAAAGUGAAAGAGAGUGGAUUGUCGAGUUGCAGAUUGGGACUUGCAUUGCUGUUAAAGACUUGGAGAACAUUCGAGUCUUGGUUGAGAAGUUGGAGAUUGUGAUCGAUUCCUUGUUGUCCAAUGCUGACUUUGCAUUGAAGGAAGCAGAUACAUUAACCAUGGUGAUGGAUGAUAUUAGGAACAAGUUGAAUGUGUUUAUGGAAGGGAUUGAUACUAUAACAGUGCAUUCUGAUAAAUACAGCAGAGAAAUCAGACAGGCGAGGACUGUGAUCUUGCAUAGGAUUAUGAGAAAUUCUAGUGCACCUAUUUAACCAGCUCCAUUUCCUAUAUCAACAAUAUCGUUGUUAUGGGAAGUUCUUUCUUAUGUGCUCAUAUGCUCAUUUUUUCUCCAUAUGAGAACAAUCUUUGAGGAGAAAUGUGCAACAAUAACCAUAUAAUGCUCAAGGAUAUAAAAUUUUGGUUGUCAGAUAGCCCAACUGAUGUAAGCAGGGUGAAGUUAUGCCAGUGAACUUGCAGCAACAAGUUAAUGAAGCAUUCAAGCAAAUCUCAGUUGGCUUGUUUCUUGGUAUGCUUGUGUAAGCAUUUUUAACCCUGCUUGUGGCUGUGUGUUUGUAGUAUUGUGCUGAUUGCUGAAUUACAGUCAUGACCACUCCAAUGGUAUUACUAAUGUUAUCAACUUGAAUGGAGUGGUUGAAGUAUACAUUAGUGUUACCAUAAAAAAAAAGUAUACCAUUAGUAUUGCGAUAAAAGAAGUAUACAUUAGUGUACAUAUGCAAUAUGCUUUCUUGUAUCAUUGAGAACUCUGUGACUCGAGAAACUCCAUUUACAUUAUUGUGAAGAAGAAUACAGUGAUUUGUUUGAAUGCUCAUGGAAUUGAUUCACUCUGA